CGGUCAUUUUGGCUGUUUUUUUCAGAUGUCGAGCCCAGAGGAAUUGGCUGACCUGGCAGAUGAGGAUCUGCUUGACUUUCUCCUAAAGGAUGAUGCUCCUUGCACCGAAAUACCAGGGGAGGAGAACAACCUGCUGGAAGACUGGGGCCUGUCAGAGCCUGAGCUUCUGAACAAUGAGGUGGAUGCCUUCAUCAGCUCCCUGCUGAGCCCCUUUGUAGAAGAACCGAGCACGCUGCCAGGUUCCUCACCUGCUGACAGUGACAGUGGCGUUUCUGAGGACCACAAUUUGUCCCAUAGCCCUGGCAGUGAUUUUGCCAGCAGCCCUCGGAGCUCCGACGUUGUUCAGUUUGAUCACAAUUACUCCCUUCAUCAGGAUGGGCCCAUGCUGGAAAGUGUGAGGUCUGAGGUGGCAGAAGGAGACGUUUCCAUCGACCUUGAGACAUGGACAGGUUUAGAAACCUCAGCUGAGACACUAGAAGAGGACUCGGCUUUUCCUUUUGCUGUCGCUGUGGAUGCUGGACCCCAGUAUGUUUCUGGAGCUGCCAUGCAGUUCGACUUCCCAGAGCUGAUCCUGACGGAGGAGGAGAGGCAGCUCCUAGAGAAAGAGGGGGUUUCGUUACCAACCAGUCUGCCGCUGACAAAAGUUGAGGAGUGGCUCCUGAAGAAGGUGCGACAGAAGAUCCAGAACAAGCAGUCAGCCCAGGAUAGUCACCGCAGGAAGAAGAUCUACGUGGAUGGCUUGGAAAACAGGGUGGCAGCCUGCACAGCUCAGAACCACGAGCUCCAGAAGAAGGUGCAGCUGCUGCAGAAGCAGAACAUGUCGUUACUUGAGCAGCUGCGGAAACUCCAGGCGCUGGUGAGACAGUCCACAACCAAAACUACCACAGCAAGCACCUGCAUUAUGGUCCGGGUUCUGUCCUUCUGCCUUAUUCUCUCCCCCAGCCUCUUUUCCUUUGGGAGCAGAGGGCCGCAGCCGGAGCUCCGAGUGCUGUCACGGCAGAUCCGCGAGUUCCCCAGCCAGGUUUGGCAGGCAGCCCCUGGUGUGCAGGAGGAAGUGGUGCUGGAGACACUUAGUGCAGAGCCUGAAGACACCUCGCUUCUGGGAAGCCUCAACCAGUCCCGGGAAGAGGGGCAGAAUCCACCCAAGCCUGAUCCCACAUCCUCUUUCAACAGCAACUCGUCCUCUGACCCUCCAGUGGCAGCCAGCUCCGAGCUGGGUACUCCCCAGCCGCAGGAACAGCGCUCCAGGAGUGCUGCUUUGCACUCGGCAGUGCCAGCUGCUUGGGAAACCAAGAGGCAGGAGUGGGUGGAACGUGCUGCCAGUGUUGUCAUCCAGCAGCACCGUGUCGAUGAGAUGUGACCAUCUCACCUCGCCUGCCAGGGCGGUGCUGUGCGCCCUGUCAAGAAGAGACAGACAGAGAACUGUGUUAGCAGAUAAUCUAUCAAAGCAAAUGCUUUUAAAUACUCCCCUGGUAGGUGGCA